UUUCAACAGUUUUUAAUUAUCUAUGGACUGUUAAUAUAAUCCAAGAUCAAAUAUUUAUAGUUACUAAUAUUAUUGUACAGCUAUAAAACUUUAAAUAACCAUGAAUUGCUUAAAUUCUAGUCCUUUAAAACCACUUAAGUUUUUGAAGUAUGUUCAUCUGUCUCUAAGAAAAAGCAGUAGUUUUUUAAUUAAUGACAGUAAAUAUUCAUUUCUCAAAGAACUUGGCUUAAGCGAAGAAAAUGUAGGUGUGUAUGACGGACAAUGGGACGCAAAUGGAAAUGUAACUACAUCGUUUUGUCCAGCAAAUGGUCUGCCAAUUGCUUCAGUACGUAAUGGUAAUGAAGAAGAUUAUGAUAGAUGUGUCUCAAAUGCUCUUGAAGCAUGGAAGAUAUGGUCUGAUAUGCCUGCACCAAAACGUGGUGAAAUCGUUAGGCAAAUUGGUAGCGCGUUUAGACAAAAAUUAGAGCCACUUGGAAAAUUGGUAUCAUUGGAAAUGGGUAAAAUUUUGGGAGAAGGUAUCGGUGAAGUCCAAGAGUAUAUUGAUAUUUGUGAUUAUGCUGUUGGUAUGUCAAGAAUGUUUAAUGGUUCAAUAUUUCCUUCUGAAAGACCAAAUCAUGUUAUGUUGGAGCAAUGGAAUCCAUUGGGACUAGUAGGAAUUAUUAGUGCAUUUAAUUUUCCUGUAGCAGUUUAUGGUUGGAAUAGUGCUAUCUCCAUGAUAUGUGGUAAUGUUGUAAUAUGGAAAGGAGCACCAACUACUUCUCUUACUUCAAUUGCAACUACAAAAAUUUUAGCAUCAGUCUUAGAAAAAAAUAAUAUUCCGGGAGCUGUUCUAUCUUUGUGUACUGGUGAUGUUGAUAUUGGGGUGUCAAUGGUUAAUGACAAAAGGGUGAAUUUAGUUUCUUUUACUGGAAGUAGUUCUGUUGGCCAAAAAGUUGGUGUGGAAGUGCAAAAACGAUUUGGUCGUGUAUUAUUAGAACUGGGCGGUAAUAAUGCUAUUAUUGUUACUCCUGAUGCUAAUCUUGAAAUGGUAUCGCAAUCUGUGGUUUUUGCGUGUUGUGGAACAGCUGGGCAAAGAUGUACCACUACCAGAAGAUUAAUUUUGCAUAAAUCGAUUUAUAAUACUGUUUUGGUAAACUUGGUUAAGGCAUAUUCUAAUGUUUUAAAAAGAUUGGGAGAUCCGCUUGAUGUAACUACUCUUUAUGGUCCUAUGCAUUCAUCAACAGCUGUGGAAAAUUUUAAGCAAACAAUAUCUGAGGCUAUUGAGGCUGGAGGACAAAUUGAAUUUGGAGGAAAAGUUUUAGAUAGACCUGGUUAUUUUGUUGAACCUACCAUUAUAUCAGGUUUGAGGUUUGAUUCACCUGUAGUACGCCGUGAAACAUUUGCUCCUAUUGUUUAUGUAUUAAAGUAUGAUACUUUGGAAGAAGCUAUUGAGUGGAAUAAUAGUGUAGAUCAAGGAUUAUCAUCUAGUAUCUUCACUAAUGAUGUUGGAACAGUAUUCAAAUGGACUGGCCACAGAGGAUCAGAUUGUGGUAUUGUUAAUGUUAAUAUACCAACAAACGGAGCAGAGAUUGGUGGUGCAUUUGGUGGUGAAAAGCAUACUGGUGGUGGACGAGAGUCUGGUUCAGAUUCUUGGAAACAGUAUAUGAGAAGAUCAACUAUUACAAUUAAUCAUGGAUCUGGAUUAACAUUGGCUCAGGGCAUUAAAUUUGAAUAAUAUAAUUUAAUACACAAAUUUUAAUUAAAAAUUAAAAAUAUUGAAGAUUAUUUUACAUUUAAUUAUUAUUAAUUUGAAAUUUCCAAGAUAAUAAUAUUUGUAUAGAUGUUUAACAUGAUAUGUUAUUCCAACCAUUUAUUAAUUUGAAAUUAUUUAUAUUAAAUACAUUCCAAUUUCCUACUUAUAUUUUUCAGAUAAGGUAUACUUAAGGUAUAAUGUAUAAUCAUUUAAUAUUUGAAAAAACAAACACAUAAGUAGACUAAUCUCAGCUCACAAUAGUUAUUUAUGGCUUUUACAGUAUAACAUAAUAAGUAAAAUUAUUGUCAAUGAAGUGAAUUGACUUUUGAGUGUCUAAUAAUUGCAAUUCCUUGUAUUUUAUGAAUUUUUCUCAGUUUAAUAAUGAUUUACAUUUUUUAUUAAAAUAUUAUAACAAUGUUCUGUGGUGUAAUAUAAUUUGUAAUUUUUUGAA